AUGGUGACUCACUUCGGCCGCCCUCUGCCGCAUCUAGGGGUCAUAAGACAUAGUCAAGCUAAAGAAAAAGGAAUCUUAAAGCUGGAACCACGACCAAGAAUCAUGAUCGAACCUACAUCAAUUCUGAUACCACAGGGUUCCUGUGACCGUGCGCCGUCCUCCCCACAACCGUCCAUUGACCGUCUCUCUGUAACUUGGGCAGAUCCGAAUCCCGAAAUGGCUUCACCAGGAGUUACUAGUAGUGAAGUAAAAUUUUCUACUAAUGCAGAUGCAUCAGAAGAUGAGGACUAUUCGGUUAGUUUAAGCGCGGUUUUGCGGCAGCGACGCGCCAGUGUACGACGAUCGCGCAAAGGCCGCGCCAGACGACCAUCGUCACCUUUUCUUCCAGAAGACAUUCACCCGCGAAGACGAUCUUCUGUGUUUACAACAAGCUCUGGAGACACAGCAAUAUCUAUUGAAGAUCAACCCGUACUUACACAAGAACAAAUAUUUGAAAAUAUACAUUUACAUAAACAAGUUUUAAGCUCGGCAAAGCAACAACCACUGGGUAUGAGACGAAAACUUAAAAUAGUUCACCAGGCUAAAGGUUAUAUUAAGCGUCACGAAGGUAAACUCCAGGAGAGACUAGCUCAAUCCAAAAGCACAAGAGACAUAUAUGCAAGAUUUAAUAUUCUUAUGGCUACAAAAUGGCAACAGUUGAAGCGAGAAGCUGCAAAUAUAUCCAAUCUACUAAUACCUUGGGAAUUACGAAUCAAAGAAAUAGAAUCACACUUUGGAUCCGUUGUCGCAUCUUAUUUCACAUUUCUGAGAUGGCUAUUCUGGAUUAAUCUGGUCAUAGCUUUCAUAUUACUAGUUUUUGUUAUAGUUCCUGAGUACCUCACUGCAAACCCUAAACUAGAUGGCGAAAGAAAAAUUAUAAUGGAGGAUGAACGACGCAACGCCACAAAUCUACUAACCCUAUGGGAGUUUGAAGGGAUCCUUAAAUAUUCGCCUAUAUUUUAUGGUUAUUAUAGCAACGUUGAACGAUCAGAGUACAAAAUGCCAUUAGCUUAUUUCCUAACUGGCUUGGUGGUCUACGUUUAUAGCUUCGUCGCCAUAUUGAGGAAAAUGGCUGAAAACUCUCGCAUGUCCAAGCUUUCCGAGAAAGAUGACGAAUGUAUAUUCUCAUGGAAACUAUUUACUGGAUGGGACUACAUGAUUGGAAAUGCAGAGACAGCACACAACCGAAUUGCUUCAGUUAUUUUGGGGUUUAAAGAAGCUUUACUAGAAGAGGCAGAAAAGAAAAAAAAUCCUAGAAAUUGGCGCACUAUAAGUCUCAGAGCAUUAGUAAACUUUUGCGUCUUAAUACUUUUAGCAGUAUCGGCAUAUGCCGUUGUAACUGUGGUCACACGUUCUGACAAUUACCGUGGUAAGACACCAAGUUGGUGGCACGAAAAUGAGACGACAACUGUAGUUACAGUGAUAUCGAUAACGUUCCCAUUUUUCUUUGAAUUCUUGGGCUUUCUAGAACAUUUUCAUCCAAGAAAACAACUUAGAUUACAAUUGGCUAGAAUAAUGUUGUUAAAUUUAUUGAAUUUAUACUCGCUAAUUUUUGCACAGUUUAGUAAAAUUAAUGGCAUGAGUAAAGAAUUGGUAUCUUUACAGCCAAGUUUAUUAAGUAAUAAUACCAGUUUUAAUAUCCAAGAGCCCAUAGAUAUUGAUAAACACUUUGCAACAUUAACAUGUUUUGAAGUAGAUGUUCCUUGUUUACCUUGCCAUAUGACAACUUUUCCCCCAAAAGAUUAUUUACAAAAUAUGGAUAGUACUGAGAGGGAAAUUAUGUAUAGCUCUCAAAACCCGUACGCAGUAAAGACUAGUAAUAACCUAUUGAAAACCACGACGCUACGGCGGGGUAAAAGAAAUACACUUGACAAACAAGACGUUGAUGGUAUUAGAAAAGGUUUAGAAAAGGAGUUACAAAGAUUAAGAAAUUUAAGUAUGAUUAAAGAAAAUGACGAAUUUGAAGAAACUUCGGAAGUAUAUGAUUACGAAUUUUAUGAUACGGGUGAAGAUAUAACAAAAUAUACCAUUGAUACACUAACCACCGCAUCCAUAGGAGAAGAAACGACAUAUUCAACACCAAUAUCGUCGGAAUUUGUCGGUGAUUACGAUAAUUACAGUAUUUAUAACUUUGAAAAUGAAUUAAUGACUACUCUGUCAGAAAAGGAUUUAAUUACUGAGGAUGGGUCUAUAAUAAGCGAUACUACCACAAAUAAAGAAACAGAUGCUUUUUCACACUCUACUUCAGUUUUACCAACUUCAACUCCAUCAUUAAAUACUGAUGAAUCAAGCUUCACAGAGUCCUAUUUGGAGGGAAAUGACGUAACAACGGAUGUCGUAACAGAAUCAAACGACGCUUCUGGCACGACGGCUCAUAAAAUAGAUAUUAAUGUGCUUUGGGAAACGAAAACAUCAUCUAAUCCCGAUAUAAACUAUUCAGCAAAUAUUGACUAUGUGGAAAAUGAAAGAAAUAAUGCUAUAUGUCCUAACAUAUCGUUUAAUUGUUCGGUUAAUUGUGGCGAUAAAAAUGUAACACAAACAUUUUUUAUGUCUAACUGUGUGCUUGUUGACAUUAAGUGCUCGGUGAAGAAAUGUAUUUUAAAUAAAUCCCCAAAGAGUAGUUUGAAUAAAACAGAGUUAACUUACGUGGACUCUGUUUAUUACGAUAAAUCUAAGAGAAAAAUGUACAAUCUCACAAUAGCAACAAGGAAAAAAUUACUAAAAUUAUGUUGGGAAACAAUGUUUGGUCAGGAAUUAGUUAAAUUAACGAUGAUGGAUCUGGUUUUCGUUCUUUUAGGAACUCUUUUUAUGGACUUUUUCCGAGCAUUAUUUGUGAGGUAUAUGAAUAGAUGUUGGUGUUGGGACCUCGAGAAGAAAUUCCCUGAAUAUGGUGAUUUUAAGAUAGCUGAAAACAUACUGCAUCUUAUCAAUAAUCAAGGGAUGGUUUGGAUGGGAAUGUUUUUUUCACCUGGUCUAGUCGUUCUAAAUGUCUUCAAAUUAAUGAUAAUGAUGUAUCUUCGAUCAUGGGCAGUAAUGACUUGCAAUGUUCCUCACGAAGUAGUGUUCAGAGUCUCAAAAAGCAAUAAUUUUUAUUUAGCACUAUUGCUCACAAUGCUAUUUCUAUGUGUGUUGCCAGUUGGAUAUACGAUUGUAUGUGUAAAACCCUCAUGGCACUGUGGUCCUUUUUCAGAAUACGAUAAAAUAUAUCAAAUAUUAACAACUAAUAUAUAUAAUAUCCUUCCAAAGAGUUUAAACUUUAUAUUAGAAUAUAUUGCUUCACCUGCCAUAGUCAUUCCAUUAUUGGUAUUGCUGAUCCUCAUAAUUUACUAUCUCACAUCUCUAACUAAUUCAUUAAGGGAAGCAAAUAAUGAUUUAAAGACACAAUUGCGUCGAGAAAGGACAGAAGAGAGAAGAAAAAUGUUCCAAUUAGCGGAUAGAAGACGAGGAGGAUCUUCUUCGAUUGAUAACACUCCAUUUGGAAGAUGGAAAAAAGCUCUUCCUUCCUUUCCAAUUAAUAAAUCUAUUGACUCAGAGGACAGAAAAGCCAUGUCAUAUGAAAACAAUACUAAGGAAUUAUUGAAAACGACAAAACGAAAAGGAAUAUUUGCUAAAAUUGUCAGCAUAGCUUUAGAUAGGACAACAAAGGGUCAUACGCCGGUGGUUCCUUCUCCAGAUGUACAAAAUGGUGACGAUGAAACUGACACUGAUUUUCAUGAAAAUUUUCCUAAAGCAGUUUUGCAGCUCAAAGACAAUAUAACAGUUCAUAGAGACAAUGAAAUAAAGAAGCGUAGCUUAGUUGAAUUCAAUACAAAAAUAAACGCGUUAUUAACAGAAGUAAGACAAACGAGCCAAGAAAUAACUGAUAUUGAUAUAGAGCGAAAACCCCAGGCUGAAAAAGAAAUAGUACACAGGAAACUUAGUCGAAAACAAACAUCUGAGUCAAGCAAUCAAUCUAAACAGUCGGACUCAAUAAGUUCAGUAAUUCCGGUUAUAACAAUAAGCACUACGGAAAGUGACGAAGAAAUUCUUCAACAUUCAAAAGCUGGAAAUGUUAUCCUAAGCCUAAAAUCUAAUACGUCUAAUGAAAAUGAAGAAAAUAAAAAACAUGACAAACGGGAUUCUUUGAGAAGAAUCAAAUGCAGUUCAAAUCUUAAAUCUUUGCAACGACAAAGUAGCGUAGAAAGUAUAAAUGAUACCAAACCAAUUAAAGAUAUAUUUGGGAAAAAGAACGGGGACGGAGGACACAGAUAUCAAUAUUCGCUAUAA